AUGGCAGCAAGUGCUCAGUUUUCAGUUGAUCAGGGUUCUAAUGAAGUGAAUGACUAUAUUUGUAAUGCCUGUGAAGACCAGAAUAAAGUUGAGACAAGUGCUGAUUUCUAUUGUAAACAGUGUGAUCGGUUUUAUUGUGGAAACUGUAUUGAUUUACAUGGUAAAUUGUUGGCUAAACAUACAACAUUUGGAAAAAAAGAUAUAGAUAAAUGGCCAGUUUCAAAAAAGGUGGUGCAUUUUCUACUUUCUUGUGAUGAACACAAAGACAAUAAAGUUGACAAGUUCUGCAACACCCACAGACAGCUGUGCUGCCCUCAGUGUGUAUUAGAUUAUCACAGCCAGUGCAGUAAAGUGACCCAGAUUUCGGAGCUGACCAACACGCAGCCCUCAGGCCUAGAGGGGCUGUCAGUGGAGCUGGAAACUGUCCUGGGGGAAAUUAAAACCCUGCAGAUCAGUCAGGAGGCCAGCAUUCAGUCCUUGCAGAGAACAUACAAUGAACAUAGGGAAGUUAUGAUAGAGCAAAUGUGUGGCAAUUUAAAUACUUAUAUAGAUGAAUGUGAUAAUAAUUCUGUGGGUACAUCAGGCGGAAAUGAGCAAUAUUUAAAAGAAGAGAUAUGUAGGAAUGUUGUUUCUAUCGUGAAUGAAUUUGAUAAUAUUACUGCGAAGGAACUUAACGAGAUGAAAGAUGAAGUUAUAAGCAUUAAAGGGUCAGUUACAAGUUCUAUUCAUAAAUGCACCAGUCUUCACAAUGACUUGUCACAAUUCCAUGAAAUUGUUCAAAAAAUUGGAGAUCAUAAGGAGCUCUGUUUUAUAGCCAGCAUAAAAUGUAAGCCUAUAAUACAGCAGGCACUGACUCUGCUGGGAAAGUCAGGCAAGGCGUUUAAUGUCCAGAGUAAUGCUCAGCACAAUGUGAGAAUACCAAGUGAUUCACGUACAUGUUAUAUCACAGGCAUGUGUGUUCUGACUGAUGGGCAGGUGCUGGUUGCAGACAGGAGGAAUAACAGAGUCAAGCUGCUGAACCAGCAGUACCAGGUGGUGAGUCACUGUGAUGUGACUGACUAUGUAGAGGACAUGUGUCAGAUCACACCCAGUGAGAUUGCAGUGGCUGUGGAUGAUGAUAGCAACACACAUGAUGUCCAGUUUAUCACAGUCACCCAGAGUCAGCUCACUCUUGGUAGGAAGCUUGAGUUACAACAUACAUGUAUAGGUAUUGACCACCACGAGGGUGAACUGUUUAUCUGCUCUGGUACUGCUCUGUUCAAGUACACACUGAGUGGCAAACAGGUCUGCAGACUCUAUGAAGAUGGGUCAUCUGAUUAUACAGGUGACAGGCUGUACAUCACCAGCUGGGACCAGGAGAAGCUUCUCACCCUGGCCAGGGAUGGCACACUCCUGGCUACAUACUCAGACCCAGCACUAGAGUGGCCACGUGGUCUACAUGUGACCCCUGCAGGCCAGGUGCUGGUCUGUGGAUACCUGUCCAACACUGUACAACAGGUGGGCUGGGAGGGGCAGAGUAAGCUGGCUAAGCUGGAUACUCAGAAGGAUGGAGUGUGGUGCCCAUGUGGCUGCUGA